GUCCAGCACCCUUUGCUGGCAGGGGGUCAACCCAGCGCCCGCCCCGGGGUGGGCGUGGUGCCCUUGGGUGCUUGGGGCGUCGCUGCUGCUAGCCUAAGACUGCUCGCCUGGCCUGGCUUCUGCGUUGCUUGAUACAAAGCUCAGUUUCCCUUUCCGUAUCUGGGAGGUGGCCAACAAGAUGCUCCUAGCAAGCCCAGAGGCAAGAUGGCAACCGGUGUCCUCGGCAAAUGAAACUGAGGCACACACCUCUUAAAGCCACUGCUUAUAUCAGAGGCCACCUGGGAAGCGCGAUGAGUGUCAAGGCCUUCAAGCUCGUCCCCGCGGUUGAGCGGGACUUGCUGAUGGGCGACAAAGCUCGGAUCAACAUUGAAUGCAUUGAAUGCUGCGGGAAGAACCUGUAUAUCGGAACCAAUGACUGUUCCAUCUACUACUUCCUGCUGGAAGAGAAGAACUCGCCCGCUGAGAAGACGUCCUUUUCCGUCUCCAAACAGCUGCACAAGUACCUGAGUUUUCGGAAGCCCGUGGGGGAGCUGAAAGCUGCGUCGGCGCUCAACAGGCUCCUGGUGCUUUGCGACAACACCAUAACGCUGAUGAACAUGAUGAACCUGGAGCCCAUCCCCACGGGGGCUAGGAUCAAGGGAGCUACGAUGUUCACGUUGAAUGAGAACCCCAUGAGCGGGGAUCCUUUCUGCGUCGAGGUUUGUAUCGUUUCGGUCAAGCGCAGGACCAUCCAGCUCUUCUUGGUCUAUGAGGACCGCGUUCAGAUUGUGAAGGAGCUUCUAACCCCGGAGCAGCCGUGUGCCGUGGCUAUAGACGGCCACUAUUUAUGCCUCGCUCUCACCACCCAGUACAUUAUUCUGAACUACGACACUGGCGUUUCCCAGGACCUCUUUCCUUACUCUAGCGAAGAGAGACGGCCCAUUGUGAAAAGAGUAGGCAGGCAAGAAUUCCUGUUGGCGGGACCUGGAGGAUUAGGCAUGUUUGCAACUGUUGACGGCAUUUCCCAGCGUGCUCCUGUUCACUGGUCAGAAAACGUGGUUGGUGCCGCCCUCUGCUUUCCUUACGUAGUUGCACUGGAUGAAGAAUUCAUUACGGUGCAUAGUAUGCUGGACCAGCAGCAAAAACAGACACUACCCUUUAAGGAUGGUCAUAUCCUGCAAGACUUUGAAGGCAGAGUAAUUGUGGCUACCACCAAAGGGGUCUAUAUCUUGGUCCCACUACCUCUGGAAAGACAGAUUCAGGAUCUUUUGGCCAGCCACAGAGUCGAAGAGGCAUUAGUCUUAGCAAAGGGAGCCCGAAGAAAUAUUCCGAAAGAGAAAUUUCAGGUCAUGUACAAAAGAAUCUUGCAGCAAGCGGGUUUUAUACAGUUUGCACAGCUUCAGUUCCUAGAAGCAAAAGAACUCUUCAGAGGCGGCCAGCUGGACGUCCGGGAGCUGAUCUCUCUCCACCCCUUCCUGCUGCCUUCUUCCUCUUCCUUCAUGCGGACUCACCCUCCCCUCCACGAAUACGCGGACUUGAACCAGCUGACGCAGGGGGACCAGGAGAAGAUGGCCAAGUGCAAGCAGUUCCUCAUGAGCUACCUGAACGAAGUGCGCAGCACCGACGUGGCGAACGGCUACAAGGAGGAUGUCGACACGGCGCUGCUCAAGCUCUACGCAGAGUCCGGUCAUGAAAGCCUUCUAGAUCUGCUGGUCUCUGAGAAUUUCUGCCUUCUCGCGGAUAGCGCUGCGUGGUUGGAAAAGCACAAAAAGUUCUUCGCGCUUGGACUCCUGUAUCACGCAAACGGUCAAGACGCAGCGGCACUACAGUUAUGGGUGAAAAUCGUUAACGGUGACAUCCAGGACUCAACACGCACAGAUCUUUAUGAGUAUAUAGUCGACUUCCUUACGUCCUGCGCAGACCAUGAAUUGGUGUGGAAGUAUGCAGAAUGGGUCCUGCAGCGAAGUGAAGAGGUUGGUGUGUACAUCUUCACUAGAAGACCCUUGGAAGAAGAACAGAAGAACAGCUUUAAUCCAGACGACGUCAUCAGCUGCCUUAACAAAUAUCCCGUAUCACUAGUAAAAUAUCUAGAGUUCUUGGUUCUAGAAAGAAGAGUGAAAAAGGAAAAAUUCCACACCCACCUGGCAGUCCUUUACCUGGAGGAAGUCCUGCGUCUGAAAUCACUGGCUGCAGAGAAGAGUGAAGAAUUGAGCCAAUCGCAGGCGAAGCUGCGCAGUCUUCUGCAGAAAUCUGACCUUUAUAGAAUUCGUUUUGUUUUAGAUAAAAUCAGCGGCACAGAUCUUCACAUGGAGUGUGCAAUACUCUUUGGGAAACUGGAACAGCACGACAAAGCUUUGCAUAUCCUGGUCCACGAACUGAAGGACUUUGGUGCUGCGGAGGAGUACUGCGUGUGGAAUUCGGAGAGCAAAGACCUUCCUUACAGGAAGAAGCUUUUCCACAUGCUCCUUUCGGAGUAUCUAAAUUCCAGCACAUCAGAGCACCAACUGGCCAUGGCGGCUGUAGACCUCCUAAACAACCACGCGGCCGAAUUUGACGCGGCCUGCGUUUUGCAGCUCAUACCAGACACCUGGUCGGUGCAGCUCCUAUCCUCGUUUCUCUGCGGCUCCAUGCGGGAAAGCAUCCAUGCACAAAGAAUGACACAGAUCGCACUGGGGUUAGCAAAAGCGGAGAACCUCACUUACACACACGAGAAGGUGAAGCUAAAAGGGAUCUCAACGGUUCUCUCGGACAGAAAGGUCUGCCAGAUGUGUCAAAGCCCUUUUGGUGAGCCUGUGUUCGUCAGGUACCCAAACGGCAGCGUGGUCCACACGCACUGCGCUGCGAACCGACAUGUGAAUUCCAGCACAAACCACCAUCUCUCCAGCCCCAGCGGACGGACAUGAAAUAUGCCCAAGGUAGUGCUAGGUGCUGCGUUGGUUAACUCCUUGGAGUAACCGAAGGAGACUCUGCUGGGCGAAAGAACAAAAAUAAGUCGAGGAGAGAGGAGGUUGCCCUUGGGUUGAUGGGCAGGACUUUCGUUCAAUGUGAAACACGGCCUCUUAAACUGCUGAUCUCUUAUGAAUGUAGGCAGCACAAGAAAUUGCAGGUGUUUAUAUAAAUGAACAAAUACUUUCCUCACGGUAAGGGUGCUGGGGAGGGGGUGGGGAACGGAAAAGCUUUUAAAAAUACAUAUACAUAUAUUAAAACUUGCACUGAAUUCGGUGAUCAAGUGGUCUUGGAAGGAGAGCAAAAACAACUCUUCCCCAGAAAACCGAUUCUGUCUCUUGAAUAAGUGGCAUGAAGGAGCACUUUCUCUCAAGAGUAGAGCAUAGCCUGCAUUAUGUCCUCUGCCGGGUCUAAAUUUUGCCUGCCGGGACAGCAUCAUGAACUUGUUCUGUGCUCUUGAUACUGGGUUUUUCUU